GAAGCUUUGCUGGGAUUGGAGGAGGGGGCAAAAUAUUGAGAAGGUGGAGAACAGGAAUCAUGUGUUUUCCUCGAGUGUACAGCCCACAUUUGAGUGACAAAUGACGAUGACAACCUAUAAAAACAACUAAGCACAAAUCCACCCGAUUCCAUCUCGCCCCGGAUGCGUGUGCUUUUCCCAACUAACUUUAGGAAGUAGCAGAACCCCAGCGGUGCGGCCUGUGCCACCUCGCCUCGCCUCCACUUUGGCAUUUUAAGCGAGUACCGCCCUCAGCGGUUCCUCUCCUUUCUCCUCGAGUAAGGAUGGAGGAUCGCUUCAUCCUCACAGCUAUGCCUCCCGCGCCCAACCUCUCCGUCUCCAUCCUGCCGAGCUGGGGUCUCAACCUGACUUCGGGACAGGGACCUUCUGUCCCAGUACCACAGCCGCAGCCACGAAGGCAACCCAGCCACCCGAUCCAUUUGGUCUUCAUGGGAAUCAUCCUGGUGACGGCGGUGGCGGGCAACACCACGGUGCUAUGUCGCCUGUGCGGCGGCGGCAGCCGGCCCUGGCCGGGCCCCAAGCGUCGCAAGAUGGACUUCUUGCUGGUGCAGCUGGCAGCGGCCGACCUGUACGCGUGUGGGGGCACUGCGUUGUCUCAGCUGGCCUGGGAGCUGCUGGACGACCCGAGUCCAGCUCUGGGCGACCUGGCGUGCCGCAUGUCUCAGCUGCUGCAGGCAUCGGGGCGGGGCGCCUCCGCCCACCUGGUGGCGCUCAUCGCCCUCGAGCGCCAGCUCGCGGUGCGCGGUCCCCAGGGCCAGCAGCUGCCCGCGCGCGCCCUGGCUGCCCUGGGCUGGCUGCUGGCACUGCUGCUGGCACUACCGCCGACUUUCGUGGUGCGCUGGGGCGCUCCUCCACCGCCGGCCACCAGCGCCUGGCCGGGGGAGCAUCGCUGCGGGGGCAUCUUCGCCCCACUGCCACGCUGGCACCUGCAGGUCUACGCUCUGUACGAAGCUGCCGUGGGCUUUGCGGCGCCGGUCGCUGUCAUGGGUGUCUCUUGCGGCCACCUGCUGUGUGUAUGGUGGCAGCGCGGGUCUCAGGCUCCGGUGGCUGGGGCACCCCGGUCGGCCAGUCCGGCCCGAGCCCCCUUGCCCAGUGCACUGCCCCGCGCCAAGGUGCAGAGCCUGAAAAUGAGCCUAGCGCUGGCGCUGCUCUUCGUGGGCUGUGAGCUGCCCUACUUCGCCGCCCGCUUGGCGGCCGCCUGGUCGUCGGGGCCGGCAGGUGACUGGGAGGGAGAGGGUCUAGUAGUGGCGAUGCGCAUCGUAGAGGUGGCCAACAGCGCCCUCAACCCUUUCGUCUACCUCUUCUUCCAGGCGGGCGACUGCGGGCUCUGGCGGCGGCUUCGGAGGCGCCUGGGAUUUGUGUGCUGUGUGAGGGAGGGAGAGGCCGAGAUCGACGAGGGGUCUGGGGACCACCAGGCACUCCACCGCCACCGCUGGCCCCACCCUCAUUAUCACCAUGCCCGGCGGGAAGAGCGGGACCAGGGCUGCCUACGCCCACCCCCGCCGCGCCCCAGACUGCCUCCCUGCUCCUGCGAAAGUGUUUUCUAGGAGUGGCUGCACAGUCAGGUCAUUGUCACUGUGGUUCAGCCUCCAGGCAACACGGGGCAGGGCUUAGGGGGUCUGCCUAAGUCUCCUGGAACUUCUGAAGCCAUCUGCUUCCUCCAUGCUAUCAUAUAUCCUUCUAA